CGUCACUAUACUUACAGCUCGUGUACGCGUAAGUGUACAUGCACACUGAGUGUCGGGUCGUUUGUGAGUUAACCCCGCGAACCAGGAAGUAGAAGCUGCUCGAGUCUCGGUCCCAUCAUCUACACCAGCUUCUCUCAGGGAAACACAAAGUAUUGUUAGCUCUUCUAUAGCAAUAAACUUGGACACGUUAUCGGCAGGCUUCUUGAGCUGAUUUACACACACGCACACACACAAACAAACACAAACACAGACACAGAGUUGCUAUGGCGUUAAAAAGAAUACAGAAGGAGCUUCAAGAUUUGCAAAGGGACCCUCCUGCACAGUGCUCAGCUGGACCUGUUGGAGACGACUUGUUUCACUGGCAGGCGACAAUAAUGGGACCUACUGAUAGUCCAUACCAAGGAGGGGUCUUCUUCCUUACGAUCCACUUUCCCACAGACUAUCCCUUCAAGCCUCCAAAGGUAGCAUUUACAACAAAAAUUUAUCACCCAAACAUAAACAGUAAUGGAAGUAUUUGCUUGGACAUCUUGAGGUCACAGUGGUCCCCAGCACUAACAGUUUCAAAAGUUCUGUUGUCCAUAUGCUCCUUGCUCUGUGACCCAAACCCUGAUGACCCUUUAGUUCCAGACAUAGCACACAUCUACAAAUCAGACAAAGAAAAAUACAACAGACUAGCAAGAGAAUGGACCCAAAAGUAUGCAAUGUGAAGACUUAAUGGACAUUUUUUAAGUCACAGAUCACUGUCAAUUCUAGUAUCUAAAAAAAAAAAAAAGUACUGAGGUUAUAUUAUUAAACACAUCGUAUUGAUAACAUUGAUCAUCUGCAAUGAACAGUAAGAAUAGCUGAACUAGUAUUUCAGACGGGAGCGUUUUCUUUGCACAAAACAAUAAUGAAGCGGUUAUACACUUUGUGCAGUUGCUCCCACCCAUCCCCCAUUAACAACCCCCCCCCCCCCCCCCUCCCCCUUCAGGUGGUGUUGGGCACUUUGCAUUUUCUCUAUCAUAUUCUAUAUCAUAUUUAAGAUUGGCAUGGCACUGUACAGCUGCAGUUACCCCAAGAGAGGGAAAUUAAGAACCUGUUUUUCUCAUUCAAUCAAGUCCAUUUUCUUUAAAUAUUUUUAUUGUAUAGUUUCAAUGCAACUAUACUUGAUUUUUUUUUUCAUUAAAAUUUGUUUUAAAAUGA